AUGGAUUUCUCCAACCUUAAAUUAGAUAUGCAAACUAAUUUUGCACUCAAUGAUAUUGAACUUAUGCACAUGUGGUAUGCUCUAGAUUUAGCUGUUCUUGCCGUUGGAGUGAUGGAAAGGACUAUGACUAGUGAAAGAAAAAGUUUUCAUCAAGUUGCAUUUGACCAUUUGAAAGAUCUACAUAACCAUUUGGAGGCUGUCAAUGACAUCCCUCACAAGAUCAUGAUGGCGAAUGUCAUAAGUUCGCUUUUACAUAUCGAUGAUCUUUCUCUCAAUUUGGCUCAUUGUGCCUCACCAUGGAGCUAUUCUGAAUCACAUUACAGAUGUGCUUCAGAACAAACUGAUCUAACACGGGUGGAAGACAAGCAUUGGAGUGGAGAGCGUCAAUUGCUAAACAUUCGAAGAGUGGGAAUGGCAGUUGUCAAUUUUUGCAACAUCUUCUUUAGUUAUCUGAACGCCAGUGGCAGUGGAAAGAGGCAUUAA